AUGAGCGAUGUGGAAACCUCGAAGAUGGAUACUAGCAACAAUGGUGGGAAAGAAAUGGACCUGGAUCAAAUGAUUAAUGCUACCGAACAAUUGUUGUCGGAAGCACCCAAGACCACAACUAAAAAGAAGAAGAAUAAAAAGAAGAAGAAGAAGAAAGUGACUACAACUGAUAGCAAGCCGGUAGUGGAUACAGUCGCUGAUCCAGAACAGCAAAUUCCAACAGAGGAUAAACCGGGAAAGGAUAUCGAUGAAUCCGUGUCAGAAACAGGCGAUACUAUCCCUGAAAAGAUUGAUGCACAGAAGGUUAGUGAUCUUGAUUCAAGUUCUGGAAAUCUAGCCAUAGAGAGAAAACCUAAGAAGAAGGGUUCUAAACAAUCAAGGCCAGUAAGUCUCUCUAAAUUAGAGAGGGACUCGAUCAAAAGGAAAAGUUCUGAUUUAGAUUCAAUUCUUGUAGGUAUUGAAGAGUAUCUGCAAACUGAUGAGGAUAUAAAUGUAAACGUUGUUGAUGGCUCAGCAGUACCUAAUGGAAGGGAUUCCUCCUCUGACACCAGUAAGGCAUCUAAGAAUUUAAAGAAGAAACCUGUGGUGAAAGGAAUGAAGAGAAGCAACACGGCAAAGCAGAGCCUAAGUUCCAAGAUAGUUGAAUCAAGUGCUGAAUCAGCAUCUGAUGCUAACAAGGUUGUGGGAACACAUGUAGAAGAAACGAAUGCUUAUGAGCCGAUUGAUAAAGAAGCUAAACCUCUGACUGAAAAGACAGCUGAUGAAAAAAAUGAAAGUAUAUCUAAUGAACUAGCAACAGAAAAGGAGCAAUCACCAUCUACAGCCGUGUUAUCAGAUGAUCUGAAGAAGAAUCAGGAUAAUGUCCAAGGUGAGAAGCAAUCUAUCGAGAAAGGAAGCAAAGCUGACGCAGAUAUUUUGAUUAAACCUGAAACUAAUUCAAAACUUGUUAAGGAUGCUGUAAUAGCAAAUGAAUCGGAUGCUGAUAAAAAAAGUAUCUCAGACACAACUAUCAAGGAGAUAGGUGAAAGCAAUGCAGAGAUUAAAGAAAAGCAAACGACACAGUCUCGAUCAGAGAAGGAAAUAAUCAGUUUGACGGCAGAGGAAAAUAAUAAUAAAGUUACGAUUUCAGAUACAAUUCCCGAUCUGAAUGAUGAUACGAUGAAAGCAGCUUCGCCUAAUAUUGAUGAAAUUAAAUCAGUACAACAGGAAUCCUAUGAUAGUAAAUCAAAAGAAACAAAAUCUGAGCCAGAGGAACAGGAAGAAGACAUGAAUAAAGGGCAGUUAGAACCAGAAAAUAAAGUGUCAUCAUCACCCUCUUCAUCAAAGAAACAAGCAUUAAAGGAGCCAGCACUGGAAAGUGAAACAGAACAAGAGCACGAGGGUAAUUUAUUGCCUACUGGUAAUAAAACUGAUGUAUUAGAAGAAAAUUUAGAAACUGUGUCUGCAGUUAAACCUUCUCUUGCCGAUGUAAAUAAAGAUUUGCCUCUCAAGGAAGGUGUAAAUCAUGGAAAAACGGUUGAUGUUCAAGAACUACACACAACUUCAAAGCCAAUUGAGGAGUUAUCUCAAGCAGAAUCUCCAAAGAAGACUUCAUUAGAUGCAAUGAAAAAAGAAGACAAAUUAAAGGAUUCUAGGAAGACCGAAUCUACUAUCGAAGCACAUUUGGAUAAUCGCAUUAACGAAAAGAGCGAAGCUGAGGAAGUUGGAGAUGAUGGCCCUGUUGAUAAAAAGUCAGAGGAUCUGAAAGAUACCCCAGAGAAAUCAUUGAGUACUGAGGCUGUUACACAAUCUCCUAAAGUGCAUAAUGUGAAUGAAGUUUCAAAAGUGAAUGAAGAGGAAGACAAAGCUGCAGAGUCGUUAACAGUCGACAAAGCUGGUGCUGAAAAUAGCCACAAGCCCUCCAAUUUGAAGGUACUUGAAGCCAAAGAUACAUUAUCAGAUACAAUGAACGAGACUAAACAAGAUGAAACAAUGGAUAAGGAACCCAAAUCUACUGCAAAGCUAAUUAAAUUAAAUGAUGAAGUGGAUGAAGAAGCAUCUACCUUGGCUGAUGAUGUAAGUGAUCUCACAGAAGAGAAACUCAAAGUAAAGGAUAAUGUUAUGCACACUACUGCUGAAAUCCCUAACAAUGACGCUCAAACGGACUCAGAUUUGCCUAAAGAGAAGGAAGAUCUAAAUGAAUUCAAUGAAGACAAAAAUAAUGAAGAUCCUGUCAAAAAGGGGGAUGGUGAUGUUCUUUCGAAGAUAAUGACUGAAAACAAUGAAACACCGGAAAAGAGAGUUGUGAUAUCUAUAUUGGACGAUUUACCCUCUCGACAUGACAACGGAAAUGAAAAAGAAACACAUGAUACGGUUCCUAAAAUUGAUCUCGAAUCAAAACUAAAGGAAGCAUUAGAUGAGAUAGAAACGUCGGAUGUUAGUGUGCCAACUGUUGAUCCCAAGAAAGAUGUGAAGGAAACAGCAGAUGAAAUAGAGGGUCUUGAUCUUGGAGAUCAGGAAGAAAAAGAGCCAGAAGAACAUAAGCACUCAGCUGAUGUUCAAUCACCUUCGGACAACGUAACGGCCAAGAAUUCUGGAGGUAUUCAAGAUAUUUUGGAUGAGACAGACAAAUUGCUAGAAGAGCUAAACUUUGUUGAUGACUCUGAGAUCAAUGCGUUAUUGGAUUCAUUCGAUAAGCCAGCAUCUAAAAAGAAAGCAGUUGUGAAAGAAACGCCGCAAAAUACAAUCAAAGCCAGUGAUAUAAUCAAGGCCAACGAAGAGUUACCUGUUUACAUAUACACAUCCCUUGCCGGAGGUGGCUUCCACAUGAUACCACGUACCAAUCGUUUGAGUACCAUACUCACUGCGAACAGAAUCAAGUUCGAGUACCGUGAUCUUGGUACGGACGACGAAGCACGUAAAGUUUGGAAAACGUACGGUCGUGGAAGAACGCUGCCAGGUGUUGUAAGAGGUAGAGACGACAUUAUUGGUAACUGGGAAGAGAUCGAGGAAGUCAACGAAAACUACGGUCUACGCGAUCUUAUUUAUAACAGUAUUUAA